AUAUUGUAUUAAAAGUUUGUAUAACGUUAUAUUUCUAUACAUAGAUUGUAUUAUUGAAAAUUUAAAAUGAAAAUUAAAAAAAGGUCUAAUGCAAUAAGGGUACCACCAGUUAAAAAAGCAAUAAAAAUUAAACGAAAAUCAUCAGGCUUAGAAGAGGAAUCAACUGUAUCCAAAGCAAUUGAAAAUGUUAAAAAAGUACUUGAGAAAAAAAAAGUUGAAGUAAUAAAUACAACUUCAACUCCGAAAGUAGAAAAAUCAUAUAAAAUUAAUAAAACCAAAAUUAGACAAAAAAAAUUCCAAAAAAAACAUUCAAGAGGUAUAGUAUAUUUAGGACAUAUACCUCAUGGCUUUUAUGAAGAACAAAUGACAGAUUAUUUUAAACAAUUUGGAAAUGUAACUAGAGUACGUGUUGUUCGGUCAAAAAAUACUGGUAGAAGUCGUGGUUAUGGAUAUGUGGAGUUUAUGUAUCCUGAAGUUGCUAAAAUAGCUGCAGAAACAAUGAAUAAUUAUCUUAUGUGUGGGAGAUUAUUAAAAGCUACAUAUAUUCCACCUGAAAAACAACAUAGUGGUUUUUUUGAUGGUAGAUCAUGGACAAAAGAAAUUUAUCCUAAAAUAAUAAAUAGAAAUAAAGUUACUAAGAUAAGAAAUGGAAAUAUUGAUAAAAAGAAGCAUAUAAGGUUCAUACAAAGUACAAAGGAUAAAUUAUCUACUUUAGAAAAGAAAUUAAAAGAAAAAGGUUUUGAUAUGAAAUUUAUACCAAUAGGUGAUUCUGAAUAAUAUUAAGGAAUAUUUUUUAAAAUAAUGGUUUUGC